UCCGGAAAAUUUCUCCAAUCGCAACGCGUAUGGUGUUUUUCUUGCAAACGGAGACAGAGGGAGAGGUUCAAGUUUCAGAACUGGAGGGAGCUGUUUUUGGAGCUAACCCAAUAAGCAGAUUAUGGCGAAGCGCGAGCUUUCAAACACUUUGAGAAACUUGAAGUUUAUGCAAAGAGCCACUCAGAGAGACGAGAAAACCAAGAAAGAAGAAGACGUUAAACCUGAUGAAAAUUUCUUCUCUACUAGUGCCGUUAAUAAAAGAUGUGUUGUCGUAAUGGAAGGGGAUCCUCGCCCAGGAGCAACUAUGGGGCGUAUGUCGUUUCAAAGUUUCAAUCCUUCUAUUGAUAAACUGUAUGAAGAAACAGGGAACGCUCUCAAGCCUGAAGCCUAUGCCACGUCUUCUGGCAACCAUACUGGAAAGGUUUCUUUCAGAGAAAAUGGGUCCUUAAAUGGAGCUGAAUGCCCGAAUUUUGAUAAAUUAAAUUAUGAGGCUAAUGGAGAUCUCAAAAGAAAACAGUCUGAAGAGGUUUUAGAAAAAGAUCUGCCAAAUAAAUCCCCUAAAACUGUUGAAGGUGGUCAGCAUUCAUCUCCACAUAACAAUAAAGCCUCCUUCAAGCAAUCGAAGAACGAAAAGCUGGAUUGGAGUGUUCUCAGACCAUCGAAGGGUAAAAACAGAAGAGGGUGAAGCGGAAAACGUUGAUUUUCCAUUUCCAUAAUUAUGAGAUUUCUUUCUUGCAUGUUUUCAGGGUCUAAAAACAUUUGCAUCCCCGUUGUUCACAAAAUGAGUAGUCAGCGUUCUUUUACAGUCGUUUUAAGUUAUUGAAGUUGACCCUGUCUCUCUUCAUCAAUCUCUCGCAGUCUAGGUCUGUUUCUCUUACUCUUACAAGGACUCCUAAGUGCGCACACACACGUACACGUCACAUUGCUUGUGCUCACCCACUUUGAGCAUUGAGGUCCACUUCCUACCAGGAAUGACCAUUUUGGUCACAAUUUGGGAGUUUGAAAGUGCCGUCUGUGAACUUAGAUACUUGGAUUUCUUACAUUUCCAAGUAUCACUUCCCUUGCUGGAGUCUUGUGUCAUCAGGUGAUUACUAGUUGUUGUUUAGAUUUGGGAAGAUUGUAUUAGUUAAAUUUUUCCACCUUGUCUGAGCUUACAAUUCUUUGCUAAUCUCUUCCAAAUAGUUGGAAAGACUUGUAUGCUUGUAUAAGGGUAUGAAAAAAGUAAGUGGUAUUCACUCUCAAACGGUACCAUCUUUCUGUUUUUAUCGAUGCAAUUGUGACUUAAUUUUGUUACUUGAAGGAGAAUUUGUGGUGGAAUGUUUUAACCAGUUAUAUUGUUAAGAAAUGCUGUGUAUUCCCCUAAAUCACAUUUCUUUUAGAUUGUCAAUAAGUGUAUCAAACCAUCAAUCAUCAUUGUCGUUGUUGUUGUAAUAGUCGUGAUAACUGAUGAAUAGGGUGUCCUGUAAUAUGAUUUCCAUUUAUAUUACAAAGAUUGAAUAGAA